AUGUCCAUGAAAUCCAUCAACCGAUUCCUUUACGGUCCUACCCCAGAGGAGAAAGUACGGGCUUGGCAGCAGAAGCUGAGAACUGAACAGAGGCAACUGGACAAGGAAAUUCGGCAGCUCGAUACAGCCACCGCAAAGGCACGCACCACGCUCAAGCAACUUGCGACCAAGGGGGAUGUCAAGUCGGCUCGUGUUUUGGCUAAGGAAGUCGUGAGGAGUAAUAAACAAAAGGAUCGCCUACACGUGAGCAAAGCGCGGCUUGGGUCUAUUGGUGUUCAGCUGCAACAUCAGAUGGCUAUGGUCAAGGUCACAGGCUCGCUCCAAAAAUCCACUGAAAUCAUGAAACUCAGUAAUUCCCUCGUCAAGUUGCCUCAAAUUAGUGCUGCCAUGCGGGAGAUGACCAUGGAGAUGACCAAGGCUGGUAUUAUGGAAGAAAUGUUGGACGAGACUUUGGAAGGUUUCGACGAGGACGAGGAAUUGGAAGAGGAGGCAGACGAGGAAGUAGAGAAGGUCUUAUUCGAACUAACUGAUGGGAAACUUGGUCAAGCCGGGAAAGUGGGCGGAGAGCUUCCGACCACCGAAGAUGCCGAGGAAGAAGACGAGCAAGAUCGCGAGAUGGAGCGUAUGCGCCAGCAACUACAAGCACAUCUCAGUAGCUGA